AUGUUCUCUGGGUCGAAAUUGCGCAAACGUGAUCGCAGGAUGUUGAUGUCUUUUGCGACUUCCUGCACUUGUACUUCCCCUCCCUCCCCGUGCAGGGCUACAGAACGAAGAUGUCGCUUGACAAAUUUCUCUACAUCCACGAGAUGCUGUGAACUUGUCAAGCGUGGUGCGAUCUUUACCUGUCACCUGAGACUUGAGCAUUUGUUCCUUAAUCAUGAGGGCCCGCGUUUGUAG